AACUGGCAUAAGUUUAUUUACGUUUUGUCGAGAGCUUCGACUUCUAAUUUUUCGCAAGACUACAUUGAGAAAUUAAAUUAUAGGAAAUUCUCAUUAAUUUAAGAUCGUUUUCGCCAUGUUCUCCAUCGUGGACUUUUACGGCAAGCAGGCCAACUACAGCUGCGGCUACUGCAAGCAGCCCAAAUCCUGCCAGUCCCACGGAAUGUGGGCCCACUCGCUGACGGUUCAGGACUACCAGGAUCUGAUCGAUCGGGGGUGGCGCCGGUCCGGGAGCUACUGCUACAAGCCGGAAAUGGACACGACCUGCUGCCCGUCGUACACGAUCAAGUGUGACGCGCUGGGCUUCCGGCUGAACAAGUCGCACAAAAAGAUUAUCAAGCGGGUCAACAAGUUCCUGCGGGAUGGCCUGAAGGGGGAAGGGGAUGUUGAGACGGGGCGGUUGAAUGAGGGGGAGGGUGGUGGCAGUGGUGGGGAUUUGGAGAUGGGAGAGGUGGCACGGAAUCCGCGGAAGGAAUUGGCCGUUGGCAAGUUGAAUCUUGUUGGGAAGGUCGCGGAGGGGGAAGUGGCCACGGAAGGGUUGGGCGUGAAAGAGUCUGUUGUGAAGGCGGUGGGCAGUGAUUCAAACCUGUCGGCCAAGUCGCAACCUACCAGCCAGGGCAGUCCACCGAAGAAGGCUAAAUUGUUGAGGAUUGAGCGCAAACGGGAGCGGUUGAUCCAGAAGGGCCUGUCGGCGGAGGAAAUCGCGAGCAGUAUGAAGGCGGCCAAGGGGAAGAAUGUGGAGAAGAGUCUGGAGGAUUUUCUGGAUGAGGCGCCGAAGGAGGGCGAAGAGGCGGCGCAUCGAUUGAAGGUAAAGCUAGUUCCGUCCAGCGAGGGCGCCUCCAGCGUCGAGUAUAACCUGUAUCGCGCCUACCAGACGGCAGUGCACCAGGAUCCGCCGGACAAGCUCAAGAUGGACCGCUACAAGCGCUUCCUGGUCAUGUCUCCGCUGAAGCUCGUCACGAUCGCCACCGCCAGUGACGAGUUUCGGCGCACUUUGGACCGCUCGUUUGCGCUGUACAGCAAGUACCAGACGGCGGUGCACAACGAUCCGCCCGGUGCCAUCGGCGAGUACCAGGACUUUCUGGUCAAGUCACCGCUCAAGAUGCUGCCAGGCCAGAGUGCCCCCAGCUGUGGGCUCGGCUCGUACCAUCAGCAGUAUUGGCUGGACGAUCGUCUGAUUGCGGUCGGCGUGAUCGAUCUGCUGCCCAGUUGCGUCAGCUCGGUGUACUUCUUCUACGAUCCGGAGUUUCGCUUUCUGUCGUUGGGCACGUACGGGUCGUUGAGAGAGCUCGCCUUUACGCGCAAACUCCAACAACAACUGGCCAGCAUUUCGAGCUACUACAUGGGCUUCUACAUCCACUCGUGCCCGAAGAUGCGCUACAAGAGCAACCUCAGCCCAUCGUUUCUGCUCUGCCCGGAGGUUUACAGCUGGCACCCGCUCGAUCAGCGCGUCAUCGGUCUGCUCGACCGCAGCAAGUACUGCCGGCUGAACGAGGAUCCGGCCGCGGAGGACGGGAAUCGAACGCGGCCCAGCGACGUGCGGAACGUGUUGAUUCUGCACGGCAGUUCGUACCAGCGGUAUUCGUCGUAUUUGAAGGAGAUUGGUUCACCGGAACUUGAGGAGAAUGUCAUCACGUAUGCAAAGCUGGUUGGCAAAGUUUGCUCCGGCAGGAUGUUGCUGUACGAAGGAUAGAAGCAGUCUUGCUUUGCAAUUGUACAAUUUGUAUUUUGAUUUUCACGUAUUGUUAUCUGUUUGUGAUUUACGCUUACUAUUCAAAUGAUUUGAUCUGAACCUUAGCUAAGCUUACCGCGUGGCCACUCAGAGCGGCCCGAUCACGGCAGGUUCCUCUUAUUUAUUAUCUUAAUAUUGCAAAUAAAAUUCGCUUCAAAGUUAAUCUUA